UUCAGCUCUCCUCGACGAGCACGGACAAGAGUAUAGUACAUCGAAGAAGCGGAAGUAUCAGUAUUCACUAUUCAGUACAGUGUAGUGCACUGCUGCUUCGGAUUAAGAACAGAGGACGGGUCGAGCGAUGGCGACUUUUGCUGCUGCAACUGUGCCUCUUCCAGGCCGCGUCGCCGGAUCCAGGCGGUGCGUGGUGGCGCGGGCGUCCGCGACGAUGGCGCCGGCGGUGCUGGCAGGGAGGACGCACUACGAGGUGCUGGGAGUGGGCGCGGCGGCCAGCAGAGGGGAGAUCAAGGCCGCGUACCGGCGCCUGGCGAGGGAGGUGCACCCGGACGCUGUUGGUGGUGGUGGUGACGAGCGGUUCAUCCGGCUGCACGCGGCCUACGCAGCGCUCGCCGACCCCGACCAGCGCGCGCGGUACGACCGGGACGUCGGGGCGGCGAUGUUCCGGCGGGCAGCGGCCGCGCCGGGGUUCCGGCGCCGGACGUGGGAGACGGACCAGUGCUGGUAGGACGGACGAGCAGGGCUGCUCUGCUUUCCCCAGGCAUGGGCGCGGCGCGGCGUCGCGAUCGUGGACCCUGGAGGAGCCGACGCGCCGUCAGAUCCAAAUUAGACGGCCGAGGUCGAGUGACGCGACGCACACUGGACACCGCGAGAGACGUUUUUAAAUCUCUUGUGCGUUAUCAUCGAAAUGCAAAUACUAAUAUGUAAAUUGAUUAGCUGUCUACUGUAAAUUAAUCGCUAAGUAAGGAAUAUGCUACUGGAUCCUCUACUUUGUAGAAGGACGCUGCUACACGGUGCUAUAGCACCGGUUAGUCUUA